GCGCGUGUGAAACUUCCAUCAGGUCCAUCGCCCUCGCUCUCUCCAGCAUUAAACCCUGCUAGUUGGGAUCUCUUCGGGCUAUAAAGUAUAAACCACAUUCACUGUACACUACUAAACCCACUCUCCUUUGUAGGAACCCAGUGGAUCUCCCCCGCUCCCAUACCCACCCCCGGCGCAACUUAACCGACCUCAUUUACACCCCACGCCUUUACAUACACACCACCGUUCAUGGCUACGUCCGCACCCCGAACCCUCCGGAGCCCAUUUCUCAUGACGCCGUCUCUUAAUUCUAGGCUACCGCUUCCCUCCGCGUUUUCCCUUGCGCUCCGUACGAGCCGCCGAGCAGUCAAGCCACUAGUCGUGGUGGUAUCUGCGGCGGCUCUGGAUGCCAAGCCAACCGUGCUUGUGGCGGAGAAGCUGGGUGAGGCUGGGAUUGAGUUGCUAAAGGAGUUUGCCAACGUGGAUUGCGCCUAUAACCUGAGCCCCGAAGAACUGUGCACCAAGAUCUCGCUAUGCGACGCGCUGAUCGUGAGGAGCGGGACCAAGGUCAGCCGCGAGGUGUUCGAGUCCUCGGCCGGGCGGCUCAAGGUCGUCGGGAGGGCCGGCGUGGGCAUCGACAAUGUGGAUCUGUCUGCGGCGACCGAGCACGGAUGCUUGGUCGUCAACGCGCCCACCGCCAACACCAUCGCCGCCGCCGAGCAUGGUAUCGCUCUCUUGACCGCCAUGGCCAGGAACGUUGCUCAAGCCGAUGCUUCUAUUAAAUCUGGAAAGUGGCAGCGGAAUAAAUAUGUUGGAGUCUCACUCGUUGGAAAAACGCUUGCAGUGAUGGGGUUUGGAAAGGUAGGAUCAGAAGUUGCACGGCGUGCAAAGGGGCUUGGUAUGCAUGUGAUCGCACAUGACCCAUAUGCCCCAGCAGACCGUGCCCGUGCAAUAGGUGUGGACCUUGUGAGCUUUGAUGAAGCCAUAGCAACUGCAGAUUUCAUUUCUUUGCACAUGCCUCUUACUCCUGCUACAUCAAAGAUUCUCAAUGAUGGAACUUUUGCAAAGAUGAAGAAAGGAGUUCGGAUUGUCAAUGUUGCUCGUGGGGGAGUUAUUGAUGAAGAAGCUCUAGUGAGGGCACUAGAUGCUGGAAUUGUUGCUCAGGCGGCACUUGAUGUUUUCACACAGGAGCCACCACCAAAAGACAGCAAAUUGGUUCAGCAUGAGAGAGUCAUUGCGACUCCUCAUCUUGGUGCCAGUACAAUGGAAGCUCAGGAAGGGGUGGCCAUUGAAAUAGCCGAAGCUGUUGUGGGAGCCCUCAAAGGUGAGCUUGCUGCUACUGCAGUCAAUGCGCCAAUGGUUCCUGCUGAGGUGUUAACAGAGCUGAAACCAUAUGUUGAACUUGCCGAGAAACUUGGUAGGCUUGCUGUCCAAUUGGUAGCUGGUGGAAGUGGUAUGAAGACUGUUAAAGUGACAUAUGCUUCUGCUAGGGCUCCUGAUGAUCUUGACACGAGGCUUCUUCGUGCCAUGAUUACAAAGGGUCUCAUUGAGCCCAUAUCCAGUGUCUUUGUGAAUUUGGUUAAUGCCGAUUUCACUGCUAAGCAGAGAGGUCUGAGGAUAACUGAAGAGAGAAUUUGUCUAGAUGGUUCGCCUGAGAGUCCACUCGAUUUCAUUCAAGUCCAGGUUGCCAAUGUGGAAUCCAGGUUUGCCAGUGCCAUAUCUGACGCUGGGGAGAUUAAGGUUGAGGGACGGGUAAAGGAUGGUAUUCCUCAUCUGACAAAGGUAGGAUCUUUCGAAGUUGAUGUCACCUUAGAAGGUAGUAUUAUACUCUGCAGGCAGGUUGAUCAGCCAGGUAUGAUUGGAAAGGUUGGGAGCAUUCUGGGUGAAGAGAAUGUGAAUGUCAGCUUUAUGAGUGUCGGAAGGAUUGCCCCCAGAAAGCAAGCUGUGAUGGCAAUUGGGGUGGAUGAUCAACCUAGCAAAGAAGCUUUGAAGAAAAUUGGUGAUGUUCCGGCCAUUGAAGAGUUUGUUUUUCUCAAGUUGUAGUGCGGGUGUGGCAUCUUUACUUCAUCUUUCUACCCUUAGGACCCCCGUAGCCACGUCCUACUCUGAUUUUGAUUAUUUUUUUCGUGUACCGUAGCUCGCAGGGAAGAGAAGAGAAUAACUUUACUUUGCGAUGAAAAUUUUGUAUUUUAAUGAGUUGCUAUUUCCCCUCAUGCAAGUUUCUGUUUCAAUCUGGAGAACUGUGAUCGUGUUACUUGAUUAUCUAAUAGCAAUGCAAUUAGAUGGUGUACGAAUUUGUGA